UACCUCGUCCGGCCGAGUCAGUCAGUCGGGAGUUGUUCUUCUAUUUCUGUGUUUUCUUCUCUUUCCAUGCCAUGGAUUAACGCCGAAGAAAAGAGAUGCCAGCCGUGUCCAGCAUGGAGAGAAAUAACAACGGAAAGCGGAAGGCUUCCUGGGAUUCGAAGAUUUCUGUGAGUUCGGUGAAGUCGAAGCCUUAUUUGAGGUCAGACACGCCCAGUUCCAUCCUUUCCUCCGACAGCGACAUCAGGUUCACCAGGAAACUGGGACGUCCGUAUAGAUGCUCAUGCUACAUCAUCACCGGUUUCAUCGUUUUCCUACUAUUGCUCUGCCUCUCGCUUUACCUUACAUACACAUAUCUCUCUGAAACUAAAGGAUCCGAACGUGUUUAUCUUGGAGUCUUUAGAGUGUCUAAGGGCGAAUCAUUCAACAGUGCUUUGGCAGACCCUCAUAGUGAACUUUUCAGGCUGACUUCAAGAGAAUAUAGGGAGCUGAUCAACCUUUGCUUUAGAAGAAGUGUGCUGCGUCCUGCAUUCUUGUACUCAGACGUACUUGCAUUUGAUGGAAGAGAAAAUGAAGAUUUGAUUAUUCACUUUACAUUACAUUUUAAUACGAGGAAAAUUGACGUGGCACCAGAAAGCAUCCUGCAAAUACUUAAAAAUGAAAUGGUCUUCUUUGGCAAUCGAACCAUUGACCAUUCAAGCGUAAAAAUUCAAAAAUUCCAGCUGGAAGCCGAACAGACCCAUUCGACUGCUAUAAGCCAAGCAGAACUAGUCACAACUCGGCCAGUUAUAGUUCCAUCUCGUCAGUGUUCACCUACAGAACUGUCAUAUUGCCAAUUGUUUGUAGGAAACGAGACUUCAUAUCCAAACCUUGUCGGACAUCAAAAUUUACAAGAAGUGAUAGCUGAUGUUAUUAAAUUUAGAGAAUUAGUUGAUUCAGAAUGCUACAGACUAGCACAGCAGUUCAUCUGUCAUCUACUUCAACCACCUUGUUCUCAAGAAUUGGUGCUGCCUUGCAGAAGGUUUUGUAAAGAAUUUUGGUCCGGCUGUGGAGCAAGGUUAUCACCCGAGCUCCAAAAAUUACUCAACUGUUCUAAUUUCCCAGAAUACAGUGCCGAACGUACUGCAUGUCUUUCCAAACCAGGAUGUGUAAACGAUUUGGAAUAUAAAGGAAUGAGCUCAAGGUUAUGCGACGGUGUGCCCGAUUGUCCUGAUCUUAGUGACGAGACUUCGUGUUCCCAUUGCGAGGCCGGCUCAUUGCACUGUUCCACAUCUAAAGCGUGUAUUCAUUCAUAUUUAUUAUGCAAUGGAAAAAAAGACUGCCCUGAUGGUUCUGAUGAACGGUUUUGUCUAACUUUAGCCCCGACUCUUAAGUCAUUUGGUAAGCUGAAUAGUGUACAAGCUAAACAUUAUCACACAAGUGGUAAUGUGGUUUUCACCGAGAAGGGACAGCAUGGAAAAGUCUGUGUGCAUAAUCUUAACAGUUCAGUGCCAGUUACGGAGUUAAAUUCAACCCUCGACACCAUAGCUUCAUCACUCUGCAAAAGUCUGACUUAUAGAAAUGUAGCAGAAGUCAAAAUAGAAAUCGAUCAUGAAGAAGGUGCUCAGUAUGUCAAAAUGGAGAACCCAACAGCUUCAGAGAUCCAAUUCAUACCGACACAUUGUGCUAGCAAAGAAAUAUUAAGUGUACAAUGUUCCCAGUUGGAAUGUGGUCUAUCACCGCUAAGGGAUAAAAAAGGUAUUGACGGCUUGGGGAAAAUGGCUGCAAUUGGAGAUUGGCCAUGGCAUAUUGCCCUCUUCAAAGCUGGAAUUCAUAUAUGCGAUGGAACUUUGAUAGAAAUGACAUGGGUUAUUACUACUGCUUCCUGCUUCCAAGGACAAGAAAAAGCUGAAUGGAUUGCAAGGGCAGGAAGUACGAGACUUUCAUCCACGAGCCCUUGGCAGCAAGAGAGGCAUGUCAUAGGGAUGAUAAAAUCGCCAGUUGAAGGCAGUACAAUUGUAUUGUUAAAACUGGAUAGAAAACUUGUCCCGUCCGACUUCGUCCGACCUAUCUGCCUACCGCCGAACGGUAGGGCUAUACAAGACCUUCAGCACUGCAAUACUCUUGGAUGGGCAAAAGAAAGGACAAUGCUGCAACGAGUAGGAUUGAAGUUGAGCAAUAUGGACCAAUGCGCCAAUAUAAGCAUAACAACUGUAAACAGUGUAUGCACUGAUUCAUAUUACAGUACCGAAGACUGUAAUGAAGAAGAAUUAGCUGGAAGUCCGAUGUCGUGCCUCCACCCUGAUGGAUACAGGUGGGUGUUAGCGGGCGUUUCUAACUGGAGGAUAGCAUGCUCCAAAGUUGGCGACCGAAGGCCGCGUCUCUACGACCAGACGAUUCCAAACAUUGAAUGGAUUAAGUCAAUCAUAUUCAGCAGUUCUUCACUGAAACAGUUUCAGUACACCUUUUAACUUUGGAUGCAUUAUUUAAUUGACACUGCCAAGGAAGACAAAGACAAAACAAAAAGGUUUAAAUGACUUGUAUAAACUAGUUUAUUGAGUUAUUAGGAAUUAAAAUAGGAGAGUCAUUGAGCCUAUUUUAAACGACUGAGUUUAAAUCUAUCUACAAACUGAGAUCUCAGGUUGAAAAGCAAAACAUUAUUUUUUAUAUUUUGUAAAAAUUUGUAAAUAUUGUUUGUAUUUUACUUUGUAUAACAUUAUGAAUAUUUAAUAUUAUUCUAGCUAAGAAAUAAUCGUGUUGAUUCAGUUGAAAUAUAGUUUUGAUAUUUAUAA